AGAGAAAGAGGAGAGAGAAUGCGCUGAAACUGUUUCCUUCUCAAGUUGUUCAUCAUUCUCUUCAUUGGCUCUAUUGCUUUUACGAUUUGUACAGUUGAAGAUAUUUCAGUUUCAGGUAGAUUUGUAGCGAAGAUUGUUAGCUAUGGGAGACGGAGUUCUGAGCAGUAAUGUAGUGAAUUCGGAAGCGUCUGAGAAGCGGGAUCAGGUUGAAGUGGAUAAUAUUGGAGGAGGAGGAGCUGCUUUCGAGUCUAUGAUGCGAUGGGAGAGAUUUCUUCCUCGUAUGGUUAUGAGAGUAUUGCUGGUUGAAGCUGAUGAUUCAACUCGACAGAUUAUCGCUGCGCUUCUCAGGAAAUGCAGUUACAGAGUUGAUGCGGUUCCAGAUGGACUGAAGGCAUGGGAGAUAUUGAAGGAAAAACCUCGUAAUAUAGACCUCAUUUUGAUGGAAAUUGAUUUACCAUCUAUAUCAGGAUUUGCUCUUCUUACUUUGAUCAUGGAACACGAAAUAUGCAGAACCAUUCCAAUCAUAAUGAUGUCGUCGCAAGAUUCAAUGAGCAUGGUGUAUAAAUGCAUGAUGAGAGGAGCUGCUGAUUUUCUAAUGAAGCCUGUGAGGAAGAACGAAUUGAAGAACUUGUGGCAACAUGUUUGGAGGAGACGGACUAUUAACUGUGGCGGAUAUGGUCCUCCAGCUGAAAGCGUUGCUGAACAAAUCGUCGAUGCUGGAUCUGAAAGUAAAGAUGCUAGCAACGAUUCGAGUUGUUAUAUUACCUCUAAUCAGAGAAACAAAGAGCUUGUCGAGAAACUGAGUGAUGUUCAGAGCUCUUUUACAAAACCAGACCUACAAGCUGAUGAAAUGUGCCCCGUAAAUAUUCAUGAACUCCCCAAAUCUAGAGAACAUUUUCUGUCCAACAAGAAAUUACAGACUCUUGAUGGAGUAGAGGUAGCUGCCAGCAAAAAUACCAUGAUAAUAACAGAAGAAAAAGAUGAAGCACCUAACAAUCUAAUAUCUGCUAGCCACUCCAAAGAAGCCAUUGAUUUAAUUGGAGCUUUUGAUAAUUGCUCCAAAACUAUUUACAAAAAUUCAUGUUUUAAUAAUUACACUGACAGAGUUGAAGAUUACUCGAUGCUGGAUCUUUCCUUGAGAAGGUCUUGUGCAAGUGAAAAAGACAGAAGAUUGGAUUCCUCUCCCUUUUCAAGGUAUGCUAACAAAACAUCGAUAGCGAGUACCAGUCAUCCCAACGAAGAUCAUGAAAGUCAAAUUUCCAACCACAUCAAAUACUGGAAGAAUACAGUGGUGGUGGCUCCUCAGAAAGCAAUAUUUUCUGGUUCAGUUUCAUUCAGAGGUGAAAGGCUCAAUGAUCUAACACACCCAUAUGAACAAUCAAACAUUCAAAGAAGAAACUCUCAGGAGGCUUGUAGUAGUAAACCUACAACAGACCAACAACAAGCAAACAACUCAAAGAACCGAACUGAAACUGAAGAAACUCCAUCGACGAACCAAAAUAGAAUCCUCCAAAGGUCUGUUCAGAGAGAAGAAGCCUUAAACAAAUUCCGUCUCAAACGGAAAGACAGAUGCUAUAAGAAGAAGGUGAGGUAUGAAAGCCGUAAAAAACUGGCAGAGAAUCGCCCUCGUGUGAAAGGACAGUUUGUUCGUAAAGUUCAAACAGCACCACAAGGUAACUCACUCGACGAAAGUUAACACAUUCUUUAAUCUUUGACCCGAGUAGGUGCAGGAAACAAAAUGAAGAUUGUACAUGAAUUCAUUCCAAGUUUUCCUUGCCUUCCAUGAAUUAGAAUAUAUAUAACUAGCUUUAUAGAUGAAAUAUUUUCCUGCCUUUCUUAGGUUGAGUUUUAUUUAAUCUAUUGAAACCCGCAUACUGAUUUUGGUUCAAUUGGCUUUUAU